AUGGCUGGCCGAUUCGUCAGAGCGUCCAAGUAUCGACACAUCUUUGGCAAGCCCACGAGAAAAGACUCCUGCUACGACAACAUUCACAUUAGCCGCAAUGCUUGGGACACCAAUCUGAUCAAGGCCAACCCCGAAUACCUCUCCGUCAAUUGGGACUCGUCUGGUGGUGGCGCCUUUGCCGUCAUCCCCCUCAACGAGCGUGGCAAGCUCCCAGACCAGAUCCCUCUGUUUCGUGGUCACACCGCUGCCGUCCUCGACACCGACUGGCACCCCUUCAACGACCGCUUCAUUGCCUCAGCUUCUGAAGAUGGCAAGGUCUUUCUCUGGGAGGUCCCCGAGGACUUUACCCUCUACACCGAUGCUGAAGAAAUCCCCAACGUUGCGCCUGUGAGCAAGCUCGCCGGCCACUCCAGAAAAGUCGGACAAGUCCUCUUCAACCCCUCGGCCGAAAACAUUCUCGCCUCGGCCUCGGGCGACUACACAAUCAAGAUCUGGGAUGUCACCACGGGCCAGUCGCCCCUUGCGCUGUCCCACGGCGACAUUGUCCAGAGCUUGACUUGGAACGCCGCCGGCAGCUUGCUCGCCACCACCUCGCGCGACAAGAAGAUUCGCGUCUGGGACGUGCGCCAGGAGAAGCCCGUCCACGAGGCCCCCGGCCAUGCCGGCGCCAAGAACAGCAGAGCCGUUUGGAUGGGCGAGCACAACCGCUUCGCCACGACUGGCUUCUCCAAGAUGAGCGAGCGUCAAAUAGCCCUUUGGGAGCCCGGCAACCCUGAGCCGAUUGGUGGAUUCAGCAUGGUCGACUCCAUCUCUGGUGUCUGCAUGCCUUUCUGGGGUGGUGAUGGCAACAUUCGCUACUACGAAUACGAGAACGACAAGUUUGAAUUCUUGAGUGAAUACAAGUCUCCCGAUCCUCAGCGCGGCAUUGCCUUUGUUCCCCGCCGUGGUAUCAACGUCCACGACAACGAAGUCAUGCGCGCUUACAAGACGGUCAACGACAGCUACAUUGAGCCUAUUUCAUUCACCGUGCCCCGCCGCGCCGAAACCUUCCAAGCCGACAUCUUCCCGCCUGCCACCGGCACGAAGCCUGCAUGCUCCGCCAAGGAGUGGCUCGACGGCAAGACUGCCAUUCCCAGCAAGAUCGAUCUCGAGAGCGUUUACGAGGGCACCGCCCCCAAGGAGGUUGCCUCGGACUACAAGGCUCCCGCCCAAGUGACCCCCACCACACCCAAGGCCGAGAUCAAGCGCGAGGAGCCUAAGCGCGAGGAACCCAAGGCCACCGCGGCCUCCCGCGCUUCUCCGCCCAGCAUCCAGGACCAGAAGAGCUCCAUCUCCAACAUGGCCAACAGGUUCCAGGACAACGACGAGGGCGAGGACGACGAUGCCGACACAGCCUCGAGCUUUGAGGACAUUGGCCGUCCCGCCCAGCGUAACCCCAUUCCAGUUCGCGCUGCCGAGCCCAAGCUGCCGACCAAGACGACCUCGGCUCCUGCGCCGGUGCCCGCCGCGGCUGCUGCCCCUGUUGCCGCCGCCUCCGCCGCCACGCCGGCCGUGAAGGCCGCUACGCCGAGCCGAACGCCGCCCGGCACUUCGACCCCUAGCGGAGGCUCUGGCGUCGAGUCGUCCCUGGAGCAGAUCAAGCAGCUGCUCGAAAACCAGACCAAGAUUAUUACUCAACAAAACGACAAGAUUGGCCAUCUGACGCAGGAAGUUGAGCUGCUGAAGCGCAAGGUCGGCUCCACGGGCUCGCAGGACCAGAACGAGCGUAUCCGCCAAUUAGAGCUGGAACUUGAGGAAGCUCGCUCAUGA